CAAAGAGGACAGCACCACUCCGGGCUCUGGAACCAGACCCAACACACCCGGGACGAGCUGCAACGAAAAAGAAAGCGAGAAGGAGAACAGGCAAGAUUUGACAGAAACAAAGUCACCCCAAAGUCUGUGUAGGAGAGCCAGCUCUCUGAGGCACAGAGCUGCAACCCCUCCAGUUUCUGUAAUUAAAGAAGGGAAGCAGUCCUACACUUUGCCUGCCAAGGCCUGUUCUAGGCCCAGCUGUCUCAGCUCAGCCCAAGCUCAGCUGGGGGCGUUACACAAGAUGCUCUGCUCAGGAGCCAACACGAGGUCCAUCGCCUCCAGUAGCCAGCAAGCCCUCCCUCCGAGCCAACAGGACUCUGGCUCCGUCUCCGGGGGUCAGCCGACAGCAGGACCCCUAACUGCUACCCAGGCCGAGACUUUAAGGCAGGUCCAAGAGAUUCUUGGGGGGCUGGUGUCCGGAGCCAGGUGCAAACUGGACCCGUCCAGGGUGGCGGAGAAGCUCCUGGGGCCUAACGGACCCCUGCAUGACAUCCGGGCCUUGCAGACCCAGCUCCAGAGUCUGGAGGGGGUGUUAGAGACCAGCCAGAACACCAUCAAGGUCCUGCUGGAUGUCAUUCAGGACCUUGAGAAGAAAGAGGCAGAGAGAGACGGGAGGCACUCCUACAGGACUGGACAGGAUAUAGAGAACUGUGGUACCUGCAGGGACUGUGCCUGUAUCAUCUACAGCGUGGAGCAUGACUUCCGUCUGCAGGAGGGCCAGGUGGUGAGGAAGUGGAAGGUGGGGGACCCCCCAGAGGGCUCGCCUCAGUCCACGGCCAACCCGCCGACCCAGCCCGGGACCCCCCAUCGCCAGGACUCCCCCCAGCCAGCACAGCAGCAGCAGCAGCAGCAGCAGCAGCAGCAGGCCCCCGGGUCGGGCAAGAAGCACAGGAAGAAAUGCUUCUGGUUCCUCUGA